AAGCAAAAGCGAAAAGCAGCGAAAAAUUCCAAGCCUCGUUUUAAAGCGAAAAAGUGUGUGGACAUUUUCACACGCGAAAAUCACGCAACAGAAACCCCGAAUUAGUGUGCGGAUAACUUCCUGUGUCGUGUUCUACAUACCGUAGCAUGGGACGCUCACGAUCUCGCAGUCGGUCGCCCAAGAAGCACAAGAGCAAACACCGCAAGCGAAGCAAAUCUCGAUCGUCCUCCCACAGCAAACACGACCACCAUCACCGCAGCAGCUACGAUAAAUACAGGGAGCGCAGCUCCAAGUCCAGAAAACGAUCGAUAUCGGAAUCAUCUGACAGUAGCAGCGAUGCGUCAAACAGUGCUUCCCGGCACCAUCAUAAAAAGAGCUCCCGCAGCCGGAAGCUGACGGAGGUGGAACGGUUGGCGGAAAUGGAGCGUCAGAGGAGACAGAAGGAAGCAGAGCAAAAAAUGAUCGAAGAAGAGGCAGCGAAACGGAUCGAGCUGUUGGUAAAGAAGCGCGUUGAGGAAGAGCUAGAAAAGCGCAAGGAUGAGAUAGAGCUGGAGGUGCAGCGGCGCGUGGAAGCUGCCAAGAAGCAGAUGGAGCAGGAAAUGAUGCUCGAGCUGGAAAAGCGAAGGGAGCAGGCACGGGAAGAGGAACGGCGUCGAGAGGAGGAAGAGCUUAAAAAGCGCCAGGAACUUGAAAAUAUUAUCGCGGAAAAUAAUCGCAAAAUCGAGGAAGCUCAACGAAAGCUGGCCGAAGAUCGUCUGGCGAUUAUCGAAGAGCAAAGAAAGAUGGACGAAGAGCGUCAAAAGAUGCGCAAAGAGCAAGAGAAGCGCAACAGAGAAGAACAAAAGAUGAUUCUCGGCAAGAACAAUUCGCGACCGAAACUGUCGUUCUCUCUGAAACCGGGCGUCUAGUGAAUCGGUGAUUUCCUGAUUUCCUCACUUCCCGUUCCCUGGUGGAUGGAAAGUGUGGCUUUCUUUCUUCCCGACACCCUUUAUGCUCUUCCCAGUUCCGGGUUUUUCCUCUUCCGUUGGUGUCAUUCGAUGUACGUUGUAGGCAAACGAUGGUAGAAGAAGUUUUAGGAAUCUUUAACAACAAUGCUUAUUCAGUAAGGGUCUGUACUAUAACGGAAGCAUUUUUCAGUGUGAUUGUGGCGUUAAAUGGGGCAAAUCAAGUCGUAGCCCGAAAGAGGUACGAUUCGAUUUCGACCGCGUAUGGUUUCCCUCAUUUUCCCUGUAAAGGUCACAUCGAAAUCGGUUUUAGUACUAGAUCGAUCGUGCUUGGUUCUAGGUGUAAGAAACGUGCCCGUGCUUGCUGCACCAUCACCAGAUAGUGAGGGUGCCGGCACCGAGCUGAUCGGACAAAUAGAUCGCGUAUCGCGAUCUACGGUUUCUUCCAUUUCUUAAAUCGGUUGUGAUACGAUCGAUACCGAUCUCCAUCUUGGAUAACUGUUUGGAGAUGUCCUCUCUUCCUUGACGUCGUGUGUUACUUCUUGUAGAAGUUAUUUUAAACAUUAUUUUCAACAUAAUGGCGCUUGCUGCUCUGCUGCGAUUCUUCUACUCAUAGACCUUGCAGACACACGCACAUAUAACCUUUUUUUGUUUUCUUUUAAGGGUGGUUUGGCAGUUUGCUUACCACUUAUGUAUAGUAGGGCUUGUAUUCGAUUUGCUUUCGAAGAUCCUUCACAACUAGCUUUCUAUGUUAUCUAUGUUAUCAGCAUAACGAAACAAUCGUAAAGCAACUAAACCGAGGGUUCGAAAAGCAAUAUUUAUCCAUCGUUAUUCCAUUGCCAAGUCCGACAAUGCCAGUGUAACCCAAAUGUGGUCCUCCGUCUGGAGGACGUAGUAGUGCGAUUCAAGGCGCAUUGCGAGGUUUGAGAAGCAUCGUAACUCGCACAGCUCGGACGUGUCCUGGGAAUCACGAAAGAUAAUACAUUAUGAAAUAAAUUUCGGCGAAAGAUUUUUCUCCCUUUAA